CUCUUUCGUAAGGGUCCUCUAAGCCUAAGCUGUGUUCUCAAGAAUGACCAUGUCCUUAUAUUAUUUAGUCCUCCCUUCGCCAGUGACAAGCCCCCCUUUCCCAAAAGAUCACUCCAAGCUCCCCGCACAUGUGUGUGUGCGUGUGCGAGAGGGACCGUUCGGUGAGGCUCUGAUUACUCGUUUUUGCUUGCCUGUUAUCUAGAGCCCGUGAGGGUGGAUCAACUUAGGUCAUCCAUGGGCAGCACCCGUAAUCGAGACCUCCUUUAUCCUCUUCCACCUUCCACCUUCCACCUUCCUUCUUGAACUUCCCGUUGGAAAAAGUAAUGACCUCAACCUAGACUUCGUAUGCUAAGUAUGAGCUACUACUGCUACUUCUUCCUCUUUUAAUAUUAAUAGAAUAGCUGCAAAAAUGACGAAGCCGUGGGAAGCGUAUGAAGCUACUAUUAAGGACCUCUAUGCCGAAAACACGCUUUCCGUCGUGCGGCAGAUCAUGAUCGAUCGGUACGGAUUUAAAGCCUCUGUUAGAGCGUACAGGGGCCGUCUGAUCCGCUGGGGCGUCCGCAAGUACAACUGUCGGAAGCGCGCCUCGCCGAGCACCAGUCACAGCAGCACCGACGAUGGCAGCAGCUUCACGAGCGGUUCGGACACAGCCUCUCCGAUCAUGACUGCUGCUGCUACUGCCACUACUACCAUUACUACUACCAUCGGCGACGCGAGAGCGAUCCUGCCUCGCACAGCUAUGAAACAAGGAGACAGCUCUGACGGCCACCUCGCCAUGCCGCUGCGCAUGAACCAGCAGUACAACCCGAGCCACAUCUUCAGCGUAGAUACUUCGUUCAACUCCAAACCCAAUAAAGCCUUCAUGUUAGCUCCGCAGGCCAAUAACGGCAACAACAGCGGUGGAGGCGGCGGCGGUAGUAGUAGUAGUAAUAACGGGCUUCAGUUCGAGUGGGAGACGACAACGUCCGCUGCCCCUUUCCUCAAGAAGGACCCCGACGCUGCUGCUGCGGACCUCGAUAAUUACGACGGACUCCCGCCGCCGCUGUCACCGUCAUCGUCGUCGUCGUACUUCGGCGGUCUUACCGCGUCGAUCAUCCAGUCGCCCGGGAACAGGAACGGAAGCAACAGACUCUCGUACGGCACCGGGGGGUACGAAGGCCCUGCAUCUACUCUCAGCCACCAGCACCACCAGCACCAGUACCAGCACCGGAACACGAACGGGGCGGGCGACGGUCUGACCUAUUAUAACUCGCCAGGCCACCACCACCACCAACAACAACAGCAGCAGCAGCAGCAAGUCUACAACAGCAGCAGCAGCAGCAGCAGCGGUGCCGUCGUAGGCGUAAACCAGGUCCCCUCGGAUAUGUCGUUUGUAGCGGGGCCGACUAGAGGGUACUCGCACGAGGGACUGGUCCACAGAUAGCGAGCCAGCGAAAAAGAAAGAAACCAACCAAAUGCCAUUGCCCAGCAUAGCCGUAACGAGACGAAGAAACGCGUGUCCUAGGUACCUAAGAAUGAGGCGAUUAUAGUAGGGCAAACUCACGAGCGUCACGAUAUAUUAUGUAUUUAUUUACUUAUUUAUUUUUUCUCCUCAUCGUCAACAGAUUGGAGAAUAGGAGGGAUAGGGGUAGGGAGGGAAAGGGAUUUGAAUCUUGUCCGGUGUUAGGUAGUUAUCCGCGGAUAAGAUGUACGACAAUGGCACAGCGGCAGUGGUAGUGUUACACGAGAAGCACAAUGCCACCCGCUACGAGACAAGCCAUUGGUUGAUGACUUUUCUUUAUUACCUAUUCAUGGCGUUAGUUAUACUCAUUCUUUUCCUUCACUUUUUUUUUUCGUCUAGUAUUUAGCGUAUAGCUUGUAUGAGUAAGGGCUUAGGGCUAUAAAGGGAGGAAGAAAGGGGAAAGGGGAAAGGGGAAAGGGGAAAGGGGAAAGGGG